CAAAACAACACGCGGCACCAACUCAAUUCCAGCUCACGUUUCCCAUCCCAUCCUCCCGGUCCUCUCUUGUGUUCCCGAAUCCCGAUCCCCUUUGCGCCUGCCUGUUUCUUUUCUCCUCGUCGCCGGAGCCUCGGACCCCCACUCCCACUCCCCUUCCCCUGCCCCCUCAUCCCCAGGAGAGCCAGCCAGCCAGCCAGCCAAGAAUAAUCCUCUUCUCCGCGCGGCGACCCGACGCGGCGGCCAGGCGACGUCGCUGUCCCUCUGCUCCGACGCCGGCACCGCGCCGGCUUCCUGCUGCCCAAGUUCGAUUCGCGGUUGGAUUGCCAGGGCCGCUCGCCGCCGCCGGAGGAGGUCGGGGAAAGGCAGCCACCGACCACCCGUCCGUCCACGCCGCGCGCGACGGGGCUCCCGCUCCGCCGAUGAACGCCGGCUUCUCCGCGGCGAGACCAUUGGGUUCCAUAACUUCGCCCGUUGAUUGAGUCGGCCUAGAAAGUACAUCGAGAAAGAUGAGAGCAACGGUAGCUCGCUCGCUACGCCAGCUUCGCCGUUUGGCGCGGCACCAUGCAGAGGGGCGCGCACCAAUAAACAGGCUGACCAGGCAGCAGAACGCUCUCAUCUUGCGGAGUUCCGCAUCUCGUUCACUGUGCACAGUGCGCCAGAAUGAUGAACAUGGCAGAUUUGUGAGUCCAGCUGUGGAGUCACUGAGGAACAUGUUCUCCACUGCCGCAGCUGAUUCGAUUAAAGAUGUUCCACGAGGUGGUCCGAUGGUGGAAUAUGAGAAGAGAAUUGCAUCAGGAGAUCUUGUGGAUGGUGAUAGCUUUCAGGUUGAUACGAUUCAGCAAUUACAAAGGCUUUAUGAGGAUCUUGUAGAGAAUGAAGAAGCCUGCCAGCUCGAUAGAUAUCAGUCAUCUGAGAAAUCUGGAAGGAGAAGGUGGCUAUGGUCUCGCCUCAUUGCUCAGCCUUCUACCCAAUCACCAGUAAAGGGAUUGUAUCUAUAUGGAGGGGUUGGUACAGGGAAGACGAUGCUUAUGGACCUGUUCUAUGAGCAACUGCCAGCUAAUUGGAGGAAAAAGCGAAUUCACUUUCACGAUUUCAUGUUGAAUGUUCAUAGUCGUCUGCAGAUGCAUAAAGGUGUUUCAGAUCCCCUUGAUAUGGUAGCAGCUGAGAUUUCAGAUGAAGCCAUAAUAUUAUGUCUUGAUGAGUUUAUGGUAACUGAUGUUGCUGAUGCUAUGAUAUUGAACCGUCUGUUCAGACAUCUGUUCAGCAAAGGCGUUAUUCUAGUUUCGACUUCUAAUCGUGCUCCAGAUCAGCUAUACGAAGGUGGCUUGCAGAGAAACCUUUUCUUACCUUUCAUUGACACCUUGAAAGAAAGGUGCAUUUCACACCCCAUUGGCUCCGCAGUAGACUACCGUCAACUGGGUUCGGCUGGAGAAGGUUUCUAUUUUAUUGGAAACGACUGCAGUACAGUUCUUAAACAGAAAUUCCAAUCUUUGAUUGGAGAUGAGGAACCUACUCCUCAAACAGUUGAAGUCGUUAUGGGACGACAUUUGCAGGUCCCACUGGGAGCAAAUGGGUGUGCAUAUUUCCAGUUUGAAGAUCUUUGUGACAGACCUAUAGGCGCAGCAGAUUAUUUCGGGCUAUUUAAGAAGUUUCACACCCUUGCAGUUGAAGGUGUCCCUAAGUUUGGAUAUCAUAACAGAACAGCAGCGUAUCGGUUUGUCACAUUGGUUGAUGUAAUGUACGAGAACAAGGCGAGGCUGUUAUGCACAGCUGAGGCUGAGCCGAUAGAGCUAUUCGAGAACAUCGUGACAGUUGCUGAAGCACAAAAGAGUGCACCUAGAUCUUCACGCUCGCGCAAAAGUGAUGAUCCCGAUCUCUGUGUGGACAAUGAGCUAGGAUUUGCCAAAGAUCGUACGAUUAGCAGGUUGACAGAGCUCAACAGCAGAGAGUACUUGGAGGACUUUGAAGCAAAAUGGCAACAGCCCCUGCACGAUGAUGGUGGCGAUGUCGUACUUGCAUAAGUGGCAGGGUUUCAUGUGCAAAGAUCGCAUUAUAGUUUUGUCAUCUCUAUUAUCCCGCCCGGCUAUGAAGGAAUGGGAGAAUUGUUGGCUUUCCUGUCAGUGAUGCAUGUAAUUUCAGAGUGUGCCAUGAUAUGUAAGCACUUUUGCAUGUAGAUCUGCAAAAAUGUCACACUUGUAGAGAAUUUGUGUCCUGUCUUACUGGAAAUCUAUCCUAUCCUUUAUAUGAAACUGAAAAUCUUCAGAUAGCGAA